AUGGCGUUGCCAACGAUACUGUUACGCGAGUUCCAGACGGCUACCAUAAGCGAUUGGAUUCCGGGGAAGCUCGCCCAGACAUACAAACAACUAGAGUCCCUUACAUUUGGCAUACUGUCAAGGAAUGCGACCGAAUGGAACGUCCAUUUCCACCUUGAAGAUGACGUAUGUGAGGGCAAAGCACUACGUCUGUUAUGGGAUAACGGGGCUUAUUUCGAUAAUGAUUGCCUGAAGGGCGGAAAACUGCAUUUGUAUGCACACUUCGUGAGGAAGGACGUGAGAAUUCUCGCUUCGCAGACUCGGACUUCAAGCACGGCACCAUCCAGCAGAAUCACCACGAACGUAUCUUCACGCAGGGUCACUCAAUCCAGUCCUAUGACUACGCUGGGUGAAGUUGACCUACCCUUGUCUCCUCGACAGUACCCGCCGGUACACCCAAGGUCCAUCAUAUCUAUCCCGCAGAAACGAAAGCGCGCCAAUGUUCACGAUUUGUCAGACUCAGACUCCGAAGGCUCCGGUGAAACCCAGUUCAUUCUCAGUGCAAGUGACCGUGGAAGAGAUAGCGAUGAGGACGAAGAGGAAGAAGACGACUAUACUGCUGUACCCCAGCCAGGUUCAAACGUAACGCAAAAGCAACCUCAAUCUAAUGGGAAGGCAAUGCAACACGCUGUCGAUUUCAGUACUGCAAUUACAACAAACGCCCCAUGUGGAAAGUAUGGACACAAGAAAGACUGGGAGUUGCUUGCAGACGAACACAAGCACAGACUUGCUCAUGCCAGGUUGAUAAAGGGUACACAUGGUUGUCCAUCACCAUCACCUUGCACGCGCUGUGAGCAGAGAGGUCUAGUUUGCCGCACAUAUCAUCUAGGUUUGAAGACAACUCGC